AUUCUUCAGUCACACAAUUUCUAACUGUUGCGGUUGCCCGGAAAGCUAGUUGUAGACAACUGGCUAGCGGUGAGUGGGAGAGUUUCAUCUAACCGUUGAUUAGCUGAUGUGUAUAGCUGCAGUAUUUACACAAUUAGCCUUCCCAUCCGCAUAAGCAGCAAGUGGAGGGGAAUCUACUUAAACUGGCAGAGUAAAGAUGGAGGACUGCAGUUUUCCUCCUGAUUCAGCGGAUGGUCACUCGCAAAGAGGAAGUGUUGCUUCCUCUGCAACUCUCUCACGUGCUCAAGAUGUGCUUAUUUACCUCUGUGGUGACAGCGCUGUGCACCUAACAGUAGAAGGGCUUGGCAGUGUCUCUGUGCAGGAGUUGGGCCGCAGUGUUCGUGAGGCUCUCCAUAUUCCUGAGACUGCACAGGAUGCUUUUGCUCUCUGGUUGUCUUCUCCCCUGCUCGAAUUACAGUUAAAGGCUAGGCAUCAACCAUACAAGCUGUGCCGUCAGUGGCAGGACUUGCUGUAUCGCUUUACUGAAGCCUCAGAGGAAGACAUUUCACAAGAUGAACCAUGUCUUCAGUACCGGCGGAACGUGUUUUAUCCUAAAUCUAAAGAGCUUCAGAUAGAGGAUGAGGGAGUGCUCAGGCUCCUGUAUGAGGAGGCCAGGGGCAACAUCCUCAUGGGUCGAUACCCGUGCGACCCCGAGCACUGGACGACACUUGGAGCCUUAUCUCUCGCUAUCGAUGAGGGAACUGGUCUUGAAGCGCAACAAAUCACUACUACUAUAAGAGGGAAGAAGCUGUCUUCUUUCCUGCCCGUACAUGUUGCCAUGGGCAGUGGGGGGUUGCUCUCCACUCUGAGAGGGAAGUCGAGCCGUCAGACAGGGCUGGAGCAGAACCUGUUGGAUGAGUACAGAAAGAUCAGCACACCUGCUGGAACCUCUCCAGAGCCCACACAGCUCCUACACCAGUACCUCAACACAUGUCACAAUCUCCCUUACUAUGGGUGCGCUUUCUUCUGCGGAGAGAUCGACAAACCAGUGCAAGGGAUUCUCCAGAGGACCAAACGCAAAACUGUCAACGUUGGGAUCUGCCUGGAGGGGGUUUAUGUGAUGGAUGUAAAAGAGAAGCAUGUGCUACUGGGUCUGCAUUUCAACGAGCUGUCCUGGGACCACAGCUACCCUGAGGAGCAGGGGGACUCACACAUCCUGUGGCUGGAGUUUGAUGGAGAGGAAGACGGCACUCCUGUAAACAAGUUGCUGAAGAUCUAUUCAAAACAGGCAGAGCUAAUGAGCGGCUUCAUCGAGUUCUGUGUGGAGCUGAGGUCUGCGUCUGAGGGAGGAGCUGCAGCUGAAAUGGAUGGAGAGGUGGGUGCACAUCAGCAGCCUGGGGGGCAAGACGGCAACAACAAGAACGGACGUGGAGGACGGCGCGGGAUGCUGCGCAGGCAAAGCAGCGUGGUGUGCAGUCGGGUCCAUUCACUGAACACCAUCAGCUACGUGGACAAUGGAAAAGAAAUCAAACGCUUGAAACCCAAACGAGCCGCGUCCUUCUUCAGCCGUCAGACGUCUGUAGCCACGUACUCUGCUGUGCAGGUGACGGAGAGUCUGGAGCAGGGGUAAACUCGCGAGAGGCCCCCAUGCCUCUCAAAGACCAAACCUGAACACUUUACACUGACACUUAAGGAGAAGACUUGAUUCAAGCCGGAGACAUUUAACUGAUAAUAUAUGAACAUGCAAAGGACCAAGUGAGGGAUCUAGGUGUGAGUAACAAUGUUUAUCUUCUGAAGUUGUGUUUAUAUUAAGAGAAUACAGACAUGUGAAAAACAAAAAGGGUCUAAUAACCGCUACGCUUCUGAGGUUGAACUGAAGUGACUAUUCUAUUAGGUAGCCUUACAUAAAGAAACUAUAAUGACACUCAAAAAGGGCAGACCCCCACCAAGGCCUAUGGAGCAUUCACAUGCUACCUGAAGUAUCCUGUUUCCAGUGUUGGGAAAGCUGCAGUAUGUUUAUUAGCAACGAUGCGUUGUAGUUUAUUGCUAGCAGUGUUUAAGGGUGAAAGCUGUCUCUAUGAAUUUUCCCAAUUUGGAACAAGUUUUUUUCAGUUUUCAAACACUUUAUGAAUGCAGCACAAAUGUUUCCACCCUGUGAUUUGGAUGGAAUGGGUUUUUCUUUAGCACAUGAUACAGCCCUUCCACUACAUUUCCUGAAAAUGUGGCCAGCAGUUUUCCCUUAAUCCUGCUGACAGAUAAACAAACUUAUCCUCGAAAAAUCCUUGGCGGAGGUAAUCAAGCAUUCUCUGAGCAACAUAGGAUGAUCAGACUUCAUGAGUCUAAGUUAGGCACUACAGCAUGACUCAGUUGAUGACUGUAUAUCUCAUGACCGUUUUGCCAUUUCUGCAGCACUUGGGAGCUGCGUUUACUGCUAUUCAAAAAUGUAAACCUCGUUAGAGUAUAACCACUGCUUACCCUCUUUUGGGGGACUUUGACAUAACACAUUGAUAUCACAAUGCAACCUUUUUUGUGAAAGUUAACACACUCAGACAACAUGACAAACACUUUGAGAGGACAAUAUAGGGGCCUGCUCUCACUAUUCUGCUUUCUCAAAUUGCCUGUGCCUUGUCCUCAUCUAAGGGUGGAGUGCUAGAAAAGUACUGGGAGAAACGUAGAGUGGUUGCUGUUACUGAGUCCGUAUGGGAGCACUUUGUCUGUGCUGGGGAAGCAUCUUGUCAGUACAUUGUUUUAAGAUGUUAUAAUGAAUAUAAAAUAAUACUGAUGUGAAUGUAAAAAGGAAUUAGAUAAAACGGACAUUUAACUGCAUCCAGUUGUAUCUAAAUGUACACAUCCACAGUUUCAAGGCCUCUUUGGGGCCAUAAGUUUAUUUGCAGCAAUAACAAGUUAGUCAAAGACCACACAUACAGUAAGUUAGUGAAAUGAAAUUUAAAAAAGGUAAUAAAAAGUCUUGUGAUUAUUAAUGAAAUCACUAUAGUUAUGCUACUGAAUGGUAAGCAUGUUUAAAAGGAGAACAGGCUCUUUGGAUCACGAGACCAAAAAGUAGAGUCAACUCAAGUCUUCUUCAUGCCCUUCUGAGACGUUACGUUUAUUUGUGAAGGCAUUAAGCCCAUAUGUAAGGGGCAUUCUGAUUCUCUUGAAGCCGUUCUAUGGGGUUUUUUUUGGAAUGACAGAGAGCUAAGUACAAUUUAACCUCUCUUUUCGAUGGUCAAAGUAAUACAUCAUCCAUGCACAGCUCAGACAUGAUUAUCACGGUAAAACCGAUGCAAAACUACCUUACUGUUACCACUCUACUACUUUUGGACCUCCUUGUGGAAAUAUUUGUUUCCAUUGCAAACACAAGCAUGGGUUUAUGACUCCUGUUUUUGCAUUUUAAUUUGUUUUUGUUUAGAAAUAGGACACUUUUCCAACCGUGUUCAGGAGCAGUAGAAGUGUCUAAGAUAGAUUUUGAAAGUACAGGGCUACUGUAUGGGGAAGACCACCUGACCAAUAACUUUUGACUAUGCUGUUGAAAUCUCAGUCUAUACACCAAAGCAAGCCUUCUAACGUGCUGCAACACAGUAUGCUACCUUAAUGCUCCAGAGACAGACCUCAGUCUCCACAACAUGUCAGAGUCCUCCGUUUGCCUCUGAACUUCACCUUAAUACUAAUAUAGGCCGUUGUCUAUCUUUCGUGAACUGAACAAACAAGCUCUAAUCACUUAUGGCCAUUUCAAAUACUACCUUCCACAUUAUGUAUUCUUCCUGACUUUUCCACAGCAUGCAAACUGAUGAAUAUUUGUACUUUUCUUUUACUCAUUAUGUCAGCUAUGUGUGUAACCUACCUGCAGCAGUCCACUUAAUGUUGCUAACUUACACUAUGCAUGUCACAUUGUAGAAUAGGCAUUCCACAUCAGACAACACACACCUGAUACUGCACUAUUAAUACUAAUACACUGUUUAUAAACUUGUUUUUCCAUGGUUUGUGAGCUUUUCCAAGAAAAUAUUUGUUUUUCAUUUUCAUAUUCUUGUCACUGUUCGUACACAAGAAGGAAGCGAAUAAUUAGGUCAUUGUCUUCUCAAGCAGUCACUUUGCAUUAAGUGCCUUUUUGUUUCUACUCACUUGGCGUCUGAAUGAGUGUUUUUGGUGCUUGCAAACCAGGAAUGGAUAUUAUUGCUAUGGUUUAAAAAAUAUAUAUAAUUGUGUUUUAUAAUAUAUUUCCACAUUUUCAGCUAGACCACACAUUUCGUAUUUCAUACUGUAGCUGAUGUGAGUAUAUUGAUUUAGUGGAUAACUACACUGGGCUGCUGUUGAACAGUGUGAUUCCUCUCAAUGGAGUGGUCAAUUUGCCUUCAUUAACAUAUGUAUAAUUUGCUUUUUUUUUUAAAUAAAUUGAUGCAAAGUGG